AUGGAAGAGGUCUCCUGGAACGAAGGGGCUGGAGAAGCUAUUGGAACGGAUGUCCAGUUAAAGUUCUCCAUUAUGGACUUGGGACAGGAGAAGGUCGUUGAGUGUGACACAGUGGAUGUUCUGGAAGAGGUCAGUUAUGGUGCAACCUCUGAUGUGCUCAGUAACAGAAAUAUCUUCCCCACAUUUUUCCGAACAGUUUACAGUAACCGGACCAUUUAUUUCAUACUCUCGGGUCUUCUCCAAUACUUUGGCUGGACAUGGGUUGGAGUUCUCUCUUCUGAUGAUGACAGCGGUAAUGAAGAAACCCAACUUCUGACCCAAUAUCUAACCAUGAAGGGCAUUUGUGUUGCCUACAUGAUUAGGAUAAAGCCUGACUCAGAAAAUACUAUUAAAAAUAGCAUUGAGACCAUUAGAAAGUCAUCUGCUCAGGUUAUAAUUCUUUGUGGGACCUUUUCUUCAUAUAUGGCCAAUCUUUUAAAAGAAGCAAGCCAUGUGCUCUAUGAUAAGACUUUUGUUUUUGGACCAAUAUUCGCCUCCAAUGUAUUUCUUUUGGAACAUUACAAAGAAGCCCUAGAAGGUAGUUUGGCCAUAGAAUUUUAUAAUCUGCCUGUUCCUGAUAUGAGGAGUUUUUAUGACAGUUUUCAGGUUGUGAACCAUCCUCAGGACACGUUACUGGAACACAUAUGGCUGCUACAUCUACACUGUUCAGGAACCAGAAGUCAGGCUCUAGAAAAGAUAAGCCAGCUUCAUUAUUGGGUCAAAAAUCAGAGAAGCUCGAAAAAUGACCCACGUAAUAAAGAAAAUGGUGAACUUGUCAAGCUGUUCAGAGUUAUGAAUUGGGGGUCUUUAAACAAAACUUCUAUAAUAAUAACACAAGUUGGGAGAACCUUCAUAACAAACAGAUCUCAGGAGAAUUUCUUCAUCACAGAAGAGAUCAUUAGGUGGAAAAGUGGAAUUAAUGAGAGAAAGGUAAAAGCACAUCAUGUAAAUCUUAGUAGACUCUUUCCCUAUUUGCAGAUCCCCAAGUCUCAGUGUUCGGAGAACUGUUUGCCAGGAAGCAGGAAAGUCCCGAGGUCUGGAAUCCAUGCCUGCUGCUAUGACUGUGUCCAGUGCUCAGAGGGAGAGAUAUCCAAUGUCAGCGACAGUGAAAACUGCCAGCAAUGCAGAUAUGAUGAAUGGCCCAACGAGAAGAAGGAUACGUGUGUCCUGAAACGGCUGGAUUUCCUAUCUUACUCUAACGACUAUUUAGGACUGGUCUUUGCCUUGUUCUCCUCCGUUCUCUGUGCCAUAACUGGACUGAUAUUACUGGUUUUUAUUUUACACCAAGACACGGCCAUUGUAAAAGCCAACAACAACAACCUGAGCUUUACCCUUCUGGUCUCCAUCAUGUUGAGCUUCCUUUGUGUGUUCUUUUUUCUUGGGCAUCCUGCUGAUAUAUCCUGCUUGUUACGACAAAUCUCAUUUGGGAUCCUUUUCACAAUUGCCAUUUCUUGUGUCCUUGCCAAAACCAUCAUGGUUUGUUUAGCAUUUAAGGCCACCAAACCUGGCAGUCCGUGGCAACAUUGGAUCGGGACCAAAUUUUCCAAUGGCAUUGUCAUCUUAUGUUCAUCCAUUCAAGUCAUAAUUUGUGUUAUCUGGUUGUCUGUCUCUCCUCCCUUCCAGGAUCUGGACACCUCUUCUUAUCAGGAAAAGAUCAUUGUUCAGUGUAAUGAAGGGUCAGUUAUUGGGUUUUAUUCUGUUCUUGGUUAUAUGGGGUUUCUGGCAGCUGUGAGUUUUGUUCUGGCUUUCAUGGUGAGGACAUUACCGGACAGUUUUAAUGAGGCCAAGUACAUCUCCUUCAGCAUGCUGGUGUUCUGCAGUGUGUGGAUUGCCAUGAUCCCAGCCUAUCUGAGCACCAGAGGGAAGUACAUGGUGGCUGUGGAGAUAUUUGCCAUACUGAGCUCCAGUGCCGGGGUUUUAGGCUGUAUAUUUCUCCCCAAAUGUUACAUUAUCUUAUGGAGACCAGAACUGAACAACAAAACAUGCUUAAUGCAGAAAAGAGUUUUGUAAUAAAUUGUACUCCUAAAUAAAACAUAAAAUAUAGUAGAUUUA